CAAAUUGACCGAGGUUGUUUCAUUUUUGGAUAAUUUAAUAGUUACUAGGAAAAGUAUUGUGAAGUGAAAGGUCACGUCACGUUCAUAAAUUAAAGGUUGCAAACUUUUGAGAAUAAAUGAAAGUUGGCUAUAUCCACAAUGAUCCAAUCGGGGUAUCACCAAAUUUAGAUGAGGUACUAACACGCCAGAUGGAAGAGGUGCACCAAUCUCAUUUCUGUUGUAGUUUUAAUAUAAAGAAAUUGCAUCGAAUAAACGAUGAAUGGUGACCAGAUGAAACGAGGCAGUAUGAAAUCUUGGGACCUACAGAAUUCCCCCUCAAAGGGUGACCUGAUGAUCACUGAAAUAUAUAUUAAGCACUCUUAUUUCUCCUUUUGUGCUCUAAUGUUAUUAAGACAACUAAAAUUGCCAUCAUUAUCUCUCCAAGCCUUGGCUUUCAGCCAAAUGCACAUUGAUAGAAACACAUGUGUGCCUGUCCUGGCCUGCGCUGAAUUGGGUUCUUUUUUUAAGUAAUCAAAAUCUUUGGCUUUAGCUUUACCCCACCCCUUUUUUUCCAGUAUCUUACUUGGUAUUUGCUUCAAAAUUCCGUCUCUCUUUCCCAUUCAAUCACUCUUUAAUUCUUUAUCAAGAUAUUCUGUAUGUGAUAUUCACUUUUUAUGAGUCAGUCAUUCAGUUCAGGAUCUAUUUUCCUGCAUCUUUCAAAUAGGUCAGUGACUUGGCUCAUAUUUGGCUUAUGGCACCAAACUACAGAUACUUCUACAACCUUGGGUUUCAAGCUCUUUCCGCCAUCAAGGAUCAGCAAAAUCCAACUUAUCAGCCUCCCUUGCCUAGUUCAGACCCUGCAUUUCCUAUAUUAACCAUUGCUGUGUUAAGCAUCAUCGGUACAGCUUUCUUGCUAGUUAGCUAUUAUAUCUUUGUGAGCAAAUGCUGCAGCUCUAACUGGCACGAACUUAAUCCGCUAAGGCGAAUAUCUUUGUUUCGAGCAGGACAAGAGGAAGAUACGUUCAUUGCCUUCUCUCCAACAAUGUGGAAUCGCGGGCUUGAUGAAUCUGUCAUUCGAGAAAUCCCAACUUUUCAGUUCCAAAGAGAAGGUGAUGAGAGAAGUAUCUAUGGUUGUGUGGUUUGUCUGAAUGAGUUUCAAGAGCAUGACAUGCUUAGAGUUCUUCCCAACUGCAGCCAUGAGUUCCACUUAGAUUGCAUUGAUAUAUGGCUCCAAAGCAACACCAAUUGUCCUCUUUGCAGAACAAGCAUUUCAGGCAAUACGCGUUAUCCAAUCAAUCAAAUCAUUGCACCUAGCUCUUCGCCUCAAGACUCACAGCCAUACACUGAUAGCCUGAUGAGUGGAGACGAGGACUUUGUAGUGAUAGAACUUGGAGGAGAAGAUGGAGGUGCUCUAUUACCUCAUAGGCAACAAGAAAGAGACAAUUCAAGAGAAGCAUUGAUGCAGUUGCAGCCUAUAUGUCAAUCACCAAAAAAACCCGAGCAGAAGACCGGUAACUUAAAAUCAAGAAAGCGCCACCAUCUCUCAAUUAUGGGAGAUGAGUGCAUUGAUGUUAGACAGAAAGAUGAUCAGUUCUCGGUCCAACCUAUCAGGAGAUCUUUCUCAUUGGAUUCUGCUGUGGAUCGACAGCUUUACUUAUCUGUUCAAGCCAUUGUCCAACAAAACAGGCAUCCUGGAGAGAUUAAUACGACUGAAGAGAGCAGUAAUAGAGCUCGGAGAUCUUUAUUUCCAUUCAGACACGGCCAAAGACCCAGAAAUCCAGUACUGCCUGUUGAAUUUGAUUUCUAAUUCGAGAUUGCUUGACUUUAAUUUGGUUAUUUUUUUGUUUUAAGUUGGAAACUGUUGUGAGGCAAAUGAGUAAGAAAAAAGAGAAUCCAGAUGAGUGUAGAGUGACUUUUCACUGAUAUUGUACAUAGUGAGAAAAACAAAUGGGUUCUUACUGAAAAUGCAGGCGGGCAUGGGAGUGAGAAUCAUUGCUUAAGGCGCAAUGUGCGGAUAAGAUUGAUUUCAUUCUAUUUUCAGUUCUGUCUCUUCAUGAAUGACAAUGAUUGCUUCCAUGCGCCUCUGUUUAGAGUUAUUAAGAGAUAUAUAGAGGAAGAGAAAAGACAAGAGGGGCAUUUAAUGGAAGCCAGAGAGAAGGGACCCAACAAUGAGUAACUAAAACUCUACGAGUUAGAGCAAUGGAAAUCCUUUAGCAAUGACCACCGACUUCUUUUGUCUUGUAGUAAUUAUUUUGCUGCUGCUGAACAGCAGAAGGAAUGGUUUUGUUCAAAGUUUAAUUAAUCAUAGUUUUUGCUCUUACAACAUUAAUUAUGCUAUUAUGUUGAGCAGCAAGCAGUGGAGAAUUAUCAGAAAUGUCUUGAAUCUUUGGCGGUUGAAGUUUGAAAGAAGUGAAAGUGAAGCUCUGAAGGGAUUUUGGCAAGUUUUGGAAUUAGGUUUUAUUUAUUUGUUUUUGUUUAACCCUUGCAAAAACCCUUAACAAUGGCUUUUUCUCAACCCCUUA